AUGCCCGCCUCAGCACCUACGCAGCAGCUCCAGUCGUCUGUCAACACGCUCGUUAGCAACUACAAGAGCACGGUGCCCGCGCGCGUCAAGCUCAUCGACUGCUUCCUCCUCUUCCUCAUCAUCUCUGGCGUUACGCAGUUCGCCUACCGCCUUCUCGUUACCUCGCACCCGUACGGGGCGUUUGUAGGCGGCUUCGGGUCCACUGUCGGCCAGUUCUGUCUACUUGCUGGGCUGCGCGCCCAGGUCGCGCCGGGGCGGGAUGCUGAGUUCAAGGCCGUGUCCCAAGAGCGCGCCUUUGCCGACUUUACCGCUGCGUCGAUCGCGCUGCACCUGUUCUGCUUCAACUUCUUGGGAUGAGCCUGUAAUAGUGUAGAACGCUGUCUGCGGACGCGCUUAGAUGUUGCAGUGGGCCUGGGGCUGCU